AGGAGCUGGCACAGCCCCAAGUGCAUUUCUGCUCAGAGUUGUACCAGUAUCUGGGUGGUGUCAGGGUCACCUGAGCAGUGCAGGUGCUCCCAUGGCCCAGGUACUGCCCCACCACCAACACCCCAGGGCAGGAGCUUUGUAUGACCGUGGGGUCAUUGCUCCAGAGAACUGAACUGUUUGGCUGAUAACAGCCUCAGAAAGUACAGGCAGUGCGUCAGGAACGCAGCCCAUUUCUGGGGAGCUGUAAAAAGGAGGAUGUCUUCUGCAGUGAGACAGGUUAUGUCGUUCUCUUCCCAGCUCAAGAUAAGCACUGUUCAGGUAAAAGGUGAUGGUACAAGGGUAUUGAGAACCGAUGUGUUUCUGGCCCAGGAUAACUCCUCCAGAGAUGCUUGCCUGAGUUCCCAGGAAGGGAAUGGCUCUGUCAUGGAAAUCCAUCCAUGCCAGCUCUGUGCCCUCACCUGGGCACACUUCAGGGUGAGGCAGUGGGUGUGGGAAGUAUGAGUUCCCUUGUUUCUGGCUGUGGACCUGGCUGCCCUUUCCCUGUGCACAUACUGGGGAGCUGAGGCUGGUUUGUGUCCUGCUAAUGUUUCACUUGAAUCAAGCAUAUCUGAAAGGUGAGAGAGGUUCAUCCUUAAUGACUCUGCAGCCUGAGCCAUGGGAAGGAAAGAAGGAAGGAAAGACUGACACCCCUGACACACUGGUCCAGAACAGGCACAGAAACACAAACCCUCUGAUUUCCCUCAGUUUUCCCGUUGUGCUUGGGGUGGGCAGUCAAGUUGCCCCUGACCUUGAUUCUCCCUGAUCUGUGCCAGAAGUGAGGCUGAAUCCACUGCCAGGUGCUUGUACCUCAGCAAAGCGGGCAGUAGCCGUGGGCUGAGGCCUCCCAGAUUCUGAUAUGUCACCGAGCAGGUCGUAGUGACUCAUAGAUCACAGUCCCAGGCAUAUCUUGUGCCCUAUCCCACCGAGCCACCCACUCCUGUUACCCGGUUUCCUCGCCCGGCCUCGCACGCGGCACUUCCCGGGCGGCUCGAGCAGACGUAGGUUCUGAACAGGUGCCGCAGAUGGGCAGGACCACAGAGGCAAGCGGUGGGAUGUUUUGCCUCAUGUCCCUGACAGAUGGCAAACGUAUUGUCCUCUAACACUGCCGCGAGUCGCAGAGCCCAGCCCUGCUGUUCUGACACUGACUCAGCCGUGAAGACACAUCUCCAAGGUGACUCUGUGCUCGGGAGCGAGGAUGUGUCGCGUAAAUUUGCUUACGUUCAAGGACGUGCUCUUUCCUGUUGGUUGGGCCUGGAGAAAGUUUUCCUAAACAGGGCUUGCUGGUGUGUUCAGCCUCAUACAGUCCAAUGGCAUCGCUGCUGAGGUCCCAGUGUGUGGCUCCACCGGUGGUGGGUUGUGCUGGUGUAGUGAAGAACACUUGUGCCCUAAGGCAGGUCUUAUGCCCAGUCUGUCAGCACAGACUGUCAUUGGAUGUUGCACUGGAUCCUAUAUUAGUGCAGGCAGCUCAGUCUCUUCCCACACCUUGCUCCCACCUUGCUCCCAUGUCCUCAAACAGGGAGUUGCUUCAGUAGCUUGAUCCAACAGAAAAACCACCCAUGAGGAGAAAAAGCCACCAAGCCUGAAAUAUUUAUCCCCUUGGAUCUACCAGCCAACGGACAGCUGUCAGUUCUCUGCAUGGGGAAGGGAAUGAGACCUGGGCAGCCCUGAAGCAGGGAGGACAUCUCUGUCAAAGCCAGACUGCAGCUCUGGUGGAUUAAAGGCAGUGUCACCCCAUUGUUCUCCAGAUGUGCCAUGGGGUUGGUUAUGUGUGUGCCUGUAUUUUUCCACUGCUGACCUGACCAUGAGUGCCUGUAUAAUGGGGAGACAUUAUAGUACCAGCUGCAGUUUUAUUUAGAAGGGAAUAAUGAAUAUUUUGUUCCAAUAGGCCUUUGAAACAAGCAGUGACCAUCUGGUUAAAAGUUUUGCUUUCAGCCGUGUCACGAUUCCCCAAAGUUAUAAUCGAGUACCUCUCUGCUCUGGUCAUGCCAAACAGAUUUAUUUUUAGGUCUGUCUAUUGAACAGGCUCCCAGUUUUUCAAAGACCAUUAGAAUCCCGCUCUCCCUAUUAACAGGCGCCCUGGAAGCAGGAACUGGCUUUUGCCUGGAAUUGGUAAAGCUUCUCGCUGGUGCUAACAAAGCUGAGUCAGAUACUAAUGAGGGUUCAAGGGCAGACACUGCCUCAGACAACACUGAGCCUUGAAAAGCACAGAGCUGGCUGCAGAACCAAUUCUGCUGCUCUUAAAAAAAAUAAAAAACACAACCCAAAAAACCCCCACCGCUUCUCUUUUAUUAGUUAUACAUCCCCAGAGAGUCCUUUUAAAGCUCCAAAGUACAAUUUUCUCUGCCUUUGGACACUCUCUGAUGCUUUGGGGAACAGUUUCUAUUUUCUGCUGUCAAGCUGUUUGACUGCAUUGAUUUUUUUUUGUAUUACAGCCGCAACAGGUCAUGGGUGAGACUGAGAUCGUUUUUCUAGGUGCCUACACAGAACACACAUACAGUCUUACCUUCCCUAAAGAGAGCAUGGACAAGGACAGCCAGGAUGUUCACCAGGUACUGAAUGAGCUCAAGAACAAGUUCCAGGAGAUGAGGAAGCUGAUCAGCUCCAUGCCUGGCAUUGGUGUGAGCCCAGAGCAGCAGCAGCAACAGCUGCAGAACCUGCGGGAGCAGGUCCGGACCAAAAACGAGCUGCUACAGAAGUACAAGAGCCUUUGCAUGUUCGAAAUCCCCAAGGAGUAGGAUGGGCACAGCUCCAGUCCUGGGGUCUGAGGUACCUCCUCUCCAGGCUGAACAGGGUGGCAGGAGUUUACUUUUCUUUCCUUGUGGUUUUCUGGUUACACUGCUGUGGAAUUGUGCCUGUGUGGGCCGUUGAACCACAGGUGAGUGACACUGAACAGAACACCGAGUGCCUCACCUGGGGUGAUUGCAGCGGCUCGUUCCCUUUGAUCUGCUGCAGGAGUGUGCAUUUAUGUAUCCAUCUCCUGUUUCCUCUCGGGGGUGGGGUUCUUCUUUUUUAUGUUCAAACCAGAAGGAGACAUUAUGUUUUCUCCUCACUAAGGGUCAAAGUACCUGCUGGUUAAUUUCAAGAAGAGAAUGGAGGCAUUUUCUGCACUAUUUUUUACUGAAAAAAUGGCCAAACAUCAAAAGGGAACAUAAGAAGGAAGCGUGAGCUGCUUGGCCCUGCUCCUGGAAAGUGACUCUGGAACACUUUCCAUUUUCUGUGUGUUGAAAGAGGAGUGAUUACUUUCAAUUACUUCUGUAUCUCUCUUUCUAAACAAUUGAUGGUUGUGUUUGAGAUGAGUCAAGUAAAGAUUCAUGAAUUCC